GAUUGUCUUUUUGUUUUCUUUUCAUUUAAGUUUUUUCUUCAAAUCAAAGUCGUAGUUCUGUAAAAUACAUAAUUAUAGGAUUAAUAUACCUAUGCUAAACCAAUUAGACUGUUUUAAAUAAUCUGUUUAUUAAUUAUGGCAGAUAUCAGUUUCAGAAAACGUUCUAGAGAAAAUGAAGAUCUUUCUGAAGAGUUUUUUCCUCUUUCGAAGCGAAUAAACAAUCUCCAUUUAUCGCCUGAGUUUCCACCAAUCAGUUCUACAGAAUUCAUGUCUGACAUUUCUCAAUUCCCAAAAUUACAGAAUGAAAUUCAAAAUCAUCAAUACAAUUAUAAUCCAGAACUGAAGUUGCACGAUAAUCCUAAUUAUUAUGAUGCAAAUAAGAUUCUUUAUCAGCUUUACAUGGAACGAUCACAGAGAACCAAAUAAGGUGUAGAUGUUUGCUUCUCCGUCUACAAAUAACUACAAAACAGGAAAGAAAAAUUCUCGUACUUGAAUUAUUUAAAAUCGAAAUAUUUUUCUUAAUUAAUAUUUAUGUACCUACCUUAAUAUUACGUUCAUAUUUAUCCAAACUAAAAUUAGUUUAUUUGUUCAUCUAAGAGUUUUCAAAUUAAAUAAUGUUUUGUGAUUGAACUUUGAUUGUGUUGUUGUUAUAAUGAAUUGAGUAAAAUUCCUUUCAGGAUAGUUUUUAUGCAUUGAUGAUGAAAGAAAAUUCUUUGUUGUAGAUAUUUAAUAUUGAAAUUUCUUAAAUAUUUGAUUUUGAUAUGUGCUAAAAAUAAAAUAAAAACAAUGUGGA